UCCGCGGCCCCGCUGCCCGCGCUCCCGAGGGCCGGCCCCCGACGAGGCCGCCGCCGCCGCCGCCGCCGGGCGCUCAGCAUGAACCGCGGCCACCGGCACGGGCUGAGCAGCGGCUGCCUGGGCACCAUGGAGGUGAAGAGCAAGUUCGGAGCCGAAUUUCGUCGGUUUUCACUAGAAAGAUCCAAGCCUGGAAAAUUCGAGGAGUUUUACGGACUGCUGCAACAUGUCCACAAGAUCCCCAACGUCGACGUGCUGGUGGGCUACGCGGACAUCCAUGGGGACCUGCUGCCCAUAAACAAUGACGACAACUACCACAAGGCCGUCUCCACUGCCAGCCCACUGCUCAGGAUCUUUAUACAGAAGAAGGAAGAAGCUGACUACAGCGCCUUUGGUACAGACACCCUGAUCAGGAAGAAGAAUGUGCUGAGCCACGUGCUGCGCCCCGACAACCACAGGAAGAAACCCCACAUCGUCAUCAGCAUGCCCCAGGACUUCCGGCCUGUGUCGUCCAUCAUAGAUGUGGACAUCCUCCCGGAGACACACCGAAGGGUCCGUCUGUACAAGUACGGCACGGAGAAGCCCCUGGGCUUCUACAUCCGGGAUGGCUCCAGUGUCCGGGUGACGCCACAUGGCUUAGAGAAAGUGCCCGGGAUCUUCAUAUCCAGGCUCGUUCCUGGGGGUCUGGCCCAGAGCACAGGACUGCUGGCUGUCAACGAUGAGGUGUUAGAAGUCAAUGGUAUCGAGGUGUCAGGAAAGAGCCUGGACCAAGUGACGGACAUGAUGAUCGCCAAUAGCCGCAACCUCAUCAUCACUGUGCGCCCGGCCAACCAGAGGAACAACGUGGUGAGGAACAGUAGGACUUCCGGCAGCUCCAGCCAGUCCACCGACAACAGCCUUCUGGGCUACCCGCAGCAGGUGGAAGCCAGCUUCGAGCCAGAGGACCAGGACAGCGACGAGGAGGACAUCGUUAUCGAGGACAGUGGCGAGCCUCGGCAGAUCCCAAGGGCCACCCCUGAGGCCCAGAGCCUGGAGUCCCUGACGCAGAUCGAGCUCAGCUUUGAGUCGGGACAGAACGGCUUCUCCCCGCCGCAGGACACCAGCCUGGUGCCCGGGCCCAGCAGCCUGGACACAGAGCUGGAAACCCGCGCUCAGGGCCAGAAACUCUUAGAGGAGGAUGGAACGAUCAUAACACUGUGAGCCGCCUUGUGUGUCUUCCAAGUGAGUGUGUGGAGCACUGUAAAGCUGGCACGCAGCUGACCCCGUGGACCUCCAGGCCCUGGUGUUCCGUGGCUUAAAGUGUGGCUGGGAUGGGCUGAUUGCGGUGAUGGUGCGAGUAUGAGGCCUUGGCUGUGGGGCGGGUGCUGCUCCUCCCCGGAGCCGCCGCGGCCUGUCCCCGCCUGCCGUGCAGAGCCUGUUCUUUGCCCUCUGUGAAGUGAGCUCUCUUCUACCCACUGGGAAUGUCAGCUCUUAGGUUCCCAAAGUUGAUGUAUUCUGACUUAAAAAUGUUCCUCUGUUAAUUGUGACAAAUUAUUUUUUUCAUAUGCAGUUUUUGUUCUGUUUUCCCCAUUUUCUAAUACCAACCAGCUGGCCAUGUUUAGGGGUGCUUCCUGCUACCAGCCCUGAAGCACCCUCGUCCCCACCCUGGAUGUAGUUGUGGCAGUACUGCUGAUUGCCCUUUAACCUGUAGGCCUCCUUAUCCCCAGUCCAUUGGAGGUGGUACCUGUCUCAAGCGAUCGGGUGCGUGCAUGUGUGUGUGCGCGUGUGCGUUGGCGUGUGCUGUUCAGUGUAGUUAGCGUGCUCCCAACACUCUUCCAGUGUACCAGGCAGCGUGGAUCGCUUUGGAUAAAAAGCCCCCCAGGUUCAGAGACUCACACAUAGGACAGAUGUGCACUUUUUUAAUACUGAAGACGGAGUUUUUCUUCCUGGGGAUUCUAGGGGCUGCCUGUGUCAGGUUCACUACCCGUAGGGGUGAUUAUAUGAGUCUAUUUAUUCUUUCCUGUGCAUCCGCUCAGGGCCUGCAGCUGCCUCCCCUCACCUGACUCCCUGUGUCGCAUGCACAGCCACCGAAGUCUACACGUGUGGACUCAGACCGCCCUGAGUCCCCGAGGUGGACAGUUAUUUAUUGCCUGGGCUCACGGCAGGGAGAGCGCGCACACCUCACAGCUGUGUCCUCUUACAGCAGCGAAGAUUCCGAUGACUCCGGGUUGAAGGACAUUUUUUUUUUUCUCUAUGGUAAAAGCCGGCAGAAAUGAAGUCUUGACCCAGUGAAGGGCGCGGACUCCACCGCUACUGAAGAUGUUACCUGUCCGAGUGACGCAGUGACUGUUGAAUUCACUGAGCUCUUCCUCCCGGGCACCACUGCCUAGCAGCAUCCCGCUUUGGCCCCGGGAGCCCUGCGGGGCGGCUCCCGGGUGGAAGGUAACUUUAGGGUUAGAAGGCACAGUUGCAUACGUGAGCUGAGUGGUGCCCGGGUUCGACAUUGUAAGUAAAGUACUCCCACAUACUACCUCUCUUCUCUCUCUCUUUUUUAACAUUAGAACUUUUUCUCUUGGGGGAAAAACUUCAGGGCUUGACUUUUGUACAAAUUUUAACUGUAAACCACAGAUUUUUUUCUUCCGUCUGAAAAUGGAGAUCAAAGCUGCUGAUGCUUAUCAUAUAUUAAAGGACAAUAAUGUUAGCAAUGUCGUCUUACCAACCAAGUGAGUGAGCAGCAGACAUUUUGUGAGGCCAGCCAGCGAAUCUUGGUUAUGGGGUCCGGUCUCGUUGGCUCAGUUCUUGAGGUAUGUCAGCAGCUCAGCGUACAGUUUUGUUGUCCUGAAUGUCUAGAGCCUCACUGUGAAUUCUGUUCUGUCCUCAGUCAACUAUGUCAGAAGAUGCUGUGCUGUUGUGAACCAUGGAUUUUCUAAUUAAAUUUUACAUGCUAUAACAUGAUUUUUACAUGAAUGAUACUUUGUUUAAACUAUCAAAUGUCAGUAUUUUACUACAAUUUUAUUAUAAAAUGUACAUUAUCACUAAAUGAACUUUGAUUUUAAAAAUCAAGUUAGCUUUAGUUACAUAUUAUUUUUUACGAAUAAAAAUGGACUUGUAUAAAGGCUA